GCCCUCACAGCCGCUGCUACCGUAGACAGCACCAUUCUCAUCUUCGCCCGCGAUGCAGCCUCAGCUUCCUCGGGCUAUUCUGGUCUACAGGGCUACGGUAUUCCCUACCAAACAGUCAUUGUGCCAUCAGCCGGUAUCACACUACCAACCCUGAACUCUUCAACCACAGCCGGCAAUUACGGUGCCAUCGUGGUGAUUGGAGAAGUCAGCUACGACUAUAGUGGCAGCUUCCGCAGCGCUCUCACCGACGCCCAGUGGGCUCAGCUAUACGCCUAUCAGUCUUCCUUUGGAGUCCGCAUGGUCCGACUCGACGUCUAUCCUGGUCCCAACUUUGGUGCGACUGCCACUUCCGCGACCGCGGAUGACCAGCCCAUUAGCAUUAGCAACAUGUCGGCUUUUGCAACUGCAAAUCUCAAAGCGGGUGCCCAGAUGAGUACGGCCGGUCUUUACCAUUAUCCAGCCUCGAUCACGAAUACCUCCCUGGCCACCGAGGUCGCCCAAUUUGCGACCAGUUCUGGCCCGGCGACUGCAGCUGUGAUCAACAACUUUGGUAGCAACCGACAGCAGAUGGUAUGGUUUCUGCCAUUCGCAACCGAGUGGUCUGCUACGUCGAACUUCUUGCAGCACGCAUGGAUCCACUGGGCCACCCGAGGGUUGUACAGCGGGUUCCGCCGCAUCUAUUUCAGCACCCAGGUCGACGACAUGUUCCUGGCCACCGAGUUGUACGAGCCGGCCGGGACUGAAUUCCGCAUACGCACCAGCGAUCUGAACGGCAUCAGGGACUGGAUUCCCACAAUAAAUGCGAAGAUGCCUGGAGGUUCGAGCUACAUUCCCGAGAUUGGUCACAAUGGCAACGGAGAUAUCGAAGCUGCCGUGACUCUGGACUACAACAACAGUCCCGCCAAGUGUUCCCCUCAAGAAGCCAUCGAGUACGAUGAACAAGUCGACACCCCCCUCGAAUUCAAGAAGAACCUUGGCAGCGGGACUGACAUCUGGCCCGCUACCCCUACUGCCUACGCCUGGUCGCUGAACUGUGCCAAGCUCGAUGCGCUCGAGCAGUGGUGGACAGUCGUCGCAAACCGAGACGCCUUUGCUCACGUUUCACACACCUUCUCGCACUCCAGCUUGAACAACGCGACAUUUGCCGACGCUAACAAGGAAAUCACUUUCAACACGGCCUGGUUCCGGCAGAUUGGUUUGUACUCGGCCAAGUACUUCUCCACCAAAGGUCUGAUCCCGCCCGCCAUCACGGGUCUGCACAACGGCGAUGCCAUCCGUGCCUGGAUCCAGAACGGCAUUACAAACGUCGUCGGAGACAACACCCGGCCCGUCCUCCGCAACACCCAGAGCUCCUUCUGGCCCCUGACCUCGACCGUCAACGACAAUGGCUACGCAGGGCUGAACAUCAUCCCGCGCUGGGCCACGACAAUCUACUACAAUUGCGACACACCCGACUGCACGCUGCACGAAUGGAUCAACACCUCCGGCGGCAGCGGCGACUUCCAGAACCUCCUUAAGGAUGCUCGCACCACAAACUCCCGCAACCUGCUUGGCCUGCACUGGGACCCCUUUAUGUUCCACCAGGCCAACCUGCGCUACACUGACAUGCCCUCCACCGUCGUCAACGGCGUCUCCCAGAAGCUCUCCCUAAUCCAGAUCUGGGUCGAGGUCGUCGUCAACGAGAUGGCCCGUCUGACCAACUGGCCCAUGAUUACGCUCAAGCACGACGAUCUCGGCGCCGCCUUCAUUGCGCGCCAGACCCGCGAUCAGUGCAGUCCAAAGAUCAAAUGGACCACCAGCACAGAUGGCAAGACCAUCACCGGCGCCACCGUCACGACUACGAACAACCAGUGCGGCACAAAAGUUCCCGUCACCUUCCCCGGUAAAGUCACGAAUACAAAUGGCGCGACCACGGAGCAGGUUGGCGGCGAUCCGCUCACGCUCUGGGUCACUAUGUCUGGCGCUGCAAAAUCCUUCACGCUGCAGACUCCCAUU